AUGUCUCCUGAAAUUGACACAGUCCUAAGAAUCCCAACGGCAGCCUGCUACCUCCACACCAUUAGUGACCACAUGAAUAGGUCCAGCUGCCGACAAAGGCCAGAUGCACAGAAUGCUUUCAAAGUACGGCUUAGUAUCAAAACAGCUCUAAAAGAAAAUGCAUAUAGCUGGGAUGCUACUGAAGAAUAUCUAUUUAAAGCAAUGUUAGCUUAUGCAAUGAGAAGAUAUUUGAUUCAAGAAACAACCCAAAUUUCUAAUGUACUGCUGUGCAAUGUUACCAGUCGGGUAUCAUUUUGGUUUGUAGUCACAAAUUCAUUCACAAAUAUAACAACUAUUCCCAGGAAUGUUGUGGAAGCCGCCAUAAGAAUGAAUAGAAACCGGAUCAACAACGCCUUUUUAUUAACUGACGACACUCUGCAGUUCUUGGAAAUCUCAUCAACUUUAGCUCCACCAGCUGAGCAACCUCUGCCCAUUUGGCUGAUUGUAUUUGGGGUUAUUCUUGGCAUCAUUGUGAUUGGAAUUGUUUUAGUCGUAUCUUUUGGGAUUUAUCACCCCAAGAGACAUAGGAAUGCUGAAAAAACAGAAGAUUUAGAUGAUAUAUAUGAAGCAGCCAUAACAAUGGAAAAUAGAAUUCCCUGUCAUACUUUAGAUUUAAAAGCUGGACAAAUUAAUGGAGUCUAUGCAACAGCAGAUGAUGAUCGGUUUACGCCCUUAUGAAAAUAAAUGGAUUCUGUUUCUCAGUCUCUUUCUGAGACUCUGACCUCCUUUUAUCUGGUUCUUUUGCUGAUUAUCAAUAACUAGAUUAUGUACUUUGCUUCUUUUUUGCCCUUGGGUGCAUUUCUUUUGAUAAGCGUGCUUAUAUAGUGAUACACCUGAUUUUCUCAUCCAAGGCAGUGUUCUUCAUGAAAACAUGUAAAUGUUUAAUAAAACUUCCACUGUUAAAUGUCCUUUGGAUGUAUCAGUAAUGAAAGGUCAUAAAUGCUUUCUUAUUAUGAUUUAUUCAUAUCUUCACCUUUUCUGUUAUUUUAUAGCAAGAAACAUG